CAGUCCGUUUUAGUCUGUUGCUUUGGUUGCACUCUGGUGUGAUAUUGCUUGAGCCGUGAAUUGUAGUUGCAUUUCUUUCGUCACUCGGAACAACUCGGAAUCGGAACACAAACAAAAUGGGUGUCCGAAAAGUGUACGUAGUUGGCGUGGGCAUGACAAAGUUUGAAAAACCGGGACGCCGAGAUGACUUUGACUACCCGCAAAUGGCCAAAGAGGCGGUCACGAAAGCGCUGGCCGACGCCCGUAUCCAGUACGGGGACGUCCAGCAAGCGACGGUCGGUUACGUGUACGGCGAUUCAACGUGCGGCCAACGGGCACUGUACGAAAUCGGAUUCACCGGCAUCCCGAUCUACAACGUGAACAACAACUGUUCGACCGGUUCCACGGCGCUGUUCCUGGCCAAACAACUGAUCGAGACCGGCGCAAACGAUUGCGUCCUGGCGCUGGGAUUCGAAAAGAUGGAGCGGGGCUCGCUAACCUCGAAGUACCUGGACCGUACCAACCCGGUCGAGCUGCUGGUAACGGCCAUGGCCGAAAAGUUCGAAAUCAGCGGAGCCCCCAUCUCGGCGCAGCUGUUCGGUAACGCUGGCGUUGAGCACAUGCAAAAGUAUGGCACCAAACCCGAACACUUUGCGAAGAUUGCGUACAAAAACCAUAAACAUUCCACCAACAAUCCCUACUCUCAGUUUCAGGACGAGUACUCGCUGGAGCAGAUUCAAAAGUCACCGGUCGUACACGAAAUCCUGACCAAGCUGCAGUGCUGCCCGACGAGUGAUGGCUCCGCGUGCUGCGUUCUGGCCUCCGAAAGUUUCGUUAAGCGCCACGGGCUGGAGUCGCAAGCGAUCGAAAUUGUGGCCAUGGAAAUGUCCACCGAUGUGCCCAGUUCUUUUAGUGAAGGAAGCGCAAUGAAGAUCGUUGGCUACGACAUGACUCGCAACGCGGUGGCCAAGGUAUUUGCACACACAAACUACAAACCAAAGGACGUCGAUGUGGUUGAACUGCACGAUUGCUUCUCCGCUAACGAGCUGAUCACGUACGAGGCACUCGGUCUCUGCGAACCGGGCAAGGCCGGUGAGUUCAUUGACCGUGGCGACAACACGUACGGUGGCCGGGUGGUGGUCAAUCCGAGCGGUGGGCUUAUCUCGAAGGGCCACCCGCUGGGUGCGACCGGACUGGCCCAGUGUUCCGAGCUGUGCUGGCAGUUGCGAGGCGAGGCGGACAAGCGGCAGGUUAAGAACGCCCAGCUGGCCCUACAGCACAACAUUGGGCUGGGUGGUGCCGUUGUCGUUGGCCUGUAUCGCCACGGGUUCCCGUAUGCGAAGCGACCCAUCAACCCUAGUCUGACGGCGGCCGGCAAGCUGAAAGACACACCCGAUGGGUUCCUCGUGGCACCGUACAUGAGGGUGUUGGAGGAAGCGAUGCAAGACGAUAAGGAUAAUCUUAUCGAAGGGGUGCGCGGAAUUUAUGGCUUCAAAGUCACCAACGGGCCAGAUGGUGCGGAAGGCUACUGGGUGGUGAACGCAAAGACGGGCAAAGGCUCGGUGAAGUACCGGGGAGCCGAUAAGCCGGACGUGACGUUCAUCAUGAACGACAUCGACGUGGUCGAUCUGAUCUCGGGCAAGCUGAACCCCCAGAAAGCAUUCUUCCAGGGCAAAGUGAAAGUGCAGGGCAACAUGGGACUCGCGAUGAAGCUGAUGGACCUGCAGAAACGGGCCAACUCGCGCAUCGAAGAGUUGCGCGCCAAGCUGUAGGAACCUCCUGGGUGGGAUCUGGGAUGUUGUACAAUUGUAAGAAAUUAUUCUGUUUUUAUUCCACACUUUGUUGUGUUUGACACAAAAACAAAACUAUUGCUAAACCGGGAAUUGGUACGUUGUCUUUUUACUGUAUUUUUCAUAAUAAAACAAAAACGAUGGUGACUGUAUGAAAA